UUCCCUCUGCUCUGCUCUACCCCGAUCAAUAAUGCAUAGAGUGCUGCACCAUAGAGAAGUGUGGCCAGGACAAUGAACUGUGCUUUCCAUGAGCUUACAAUCCACAAAACAAACCCAUCCUCAAAGACCGCCACGUAACUCUGAAAAGCAGUGACUGAACCUGUGUCUAUAAAGAAACAUGGGGUUUCUGGUGAGAUUGGACAGCAGCUUCUCAGUGUCAGAGAGUGCCUGGAUCACCAUGAGGUUGUUGGCCACUCUCGCUCCUCUGAUCCUCAUCGUUUGGAGCGGAGGGCAGACUGGGGCCCUGCCCAUCCCAGAGGAACUGCAAAGUAAUAAGAGUCUGGCCGGUGCUGAGGAGAGGAUGCUGCUGAUGAAGAUGCUGGCUGGCAUGUCUGAGAGGAACCUGACGGAUGAGAACCUGACCAGCAGCCUUGGCCUGGAUGAGGAACACCUGAACGGCACCGUGAAGGGCAGCCCAGCCCCCACCCCUCCAGAGAGCACCUGCAAGAACUUCUUCUGGAAGACCAUCUCCUCCUGCUGAACGAUGUGCAAGAGGGAUGGAAAGACAGAAGAAGAAAAAAAACGACUGCAAAUAUGCAAUAAUGAUAAUUAUGUUGUGCAAUGAGAGGACUGUGGUGCCUUUGCCACAUCUACCCAUAACACUGUGAGGGAGGGAGGGAAAGAAGUGUGACUUGGCCAGCAUGUGCUGCAUUUCCUGUUGUCUUGUUUAAUAUCUGUGCAUGGCCUGGCAGGACUGUUUCUUUUUUUGCAUGGUGGUGGUCGCAAUUAUAAUUGCCCAGAGACACAGCAUCAAACUGCCAUCACAGAUAUGACGUCUAAGUAUCCUAAAUAACAAUGAUUGUUUGAACUCCUUGUAUGGCUGAAAUGUGGUUCCAUAGAAUGCAACCCACAACUCAACCAGAAAUUCCAUAAUUGAGACGACCCAUCAAGGGCUUGCUUGAGCAUGUCUGCCUUUCUAUUCAGACCACAAGGUAACCAGUUUGACUCUUUACAUUCUGAAAUUUUGCACUUUAGCACCCUCUACAGGAAACUUUGAAUGUUUUACUCAUUAAAAGAUCUGUCUAUAAGUCACUGUUGUGAUGUUUUAUGUAACAACUUCGCAUUAACCAAAAUGGAGAGGCUUUGU